AUGAAGUGUUUAUUUUAUUUUAUUGUUUUUGCAAUUGCUGCUAAUUCGGAUGCAACAAAUAAACCUUUGUUUUUACCACAAUUACCGGUUGGUGAAUACAAAAUAAAUACCAUAGCAUUGUUACGUUGUGAAUUAUCGACUGACCUAAUUAAAUUUAAUUAUUACCUAAGCAAAACGUCUGUCAACACCACAGAAAUUAAAGGAAACGCUACCUUUAAUGAACCACUUGAUGAUUCUUUUAAUAUUGAGAUCAAUUUGGCGGUAAAAGAUUCUGUUGGUGGUUGGAGGGAUAAUGCUCAUGUUUUUAAGACACCUAAAGCUUGCUCGUCACUGAAAAUGUGGGCAGGACCAUUUUGGACUACAUUUACGGAAAACAUAGGAAUGCACAAUGUAAAUUGUCCUAUUCCCGCGGGUCGUUAUAUAGCAUCUGGAAUAAAACUUAAUAGUGACAUGUAUGCCAAUUUACCAAAACAAUUUUUUUAUGGAACUUACAAAUUUCGUUUUCAACUUACCAAAAACAAGGUAGUACAUGGAUGUGCAAUUUCUAUUAUAGAGGUGAAGCGGCCUUGGGAGACUUGA